CGAAGGCCCCCCGAACUGGCAUGAACACCCAAACAGUUUUGGUAGCUACACCGUCACUGUUUUCUUUUCGCCUGUCCUAUUUCUCCAUCAUUUCCCUCGCUUCACUGAGCCGACCCCUCGACGUGUUGAGCACUGUUCAAAUAUUCAAGUCGUCUUGGCGCUCGUUGAAGCUUUGUGGUUUACUUUAGCCUUGUCUAGCUUAGCCUAGCAGCUAACGAGAACAAUGCGUCGGGUAUGGAAAAUGGACGCGAGAACGACAGCAGCGGCAGAAAAGUUCCCUGAAAAACUUUGUGGCGUAAAAGUUGUUCUUCACAGACUAGAAGGUUGGUUCACGUUUGACGCUUCUUAUCACGGGAUUUCGGACCGAUGGCAGCCAUCUUGGAUUCUAUUCUGGAAAUUUGCAAAAACGGCUCAAUAUUCUUGCUAUCAAAGUAGAAUCAAAACCCAUAUCGGUGCAAGGUGACAUAACAAACUAUUGAAAGAGAUAUCAUUUGACCUAUUCUGCCCAUUUUAAGAAACUGACGUCACCAUUGUUGACUAAUAUAUACGGAUUAAAAGGUGACGUCACGAACAUUUUGCUUUUUUUUGCGGGCACCCUAUUAGGCUCGAGCGUUUACGUCACAGCAGCACGGGAUCGUGCGAGAUUUGCGACAACGCAGCCAUUGCGGGAGCACGUCUGCAUCACGGGACAUUAAAACUUAACGGCAAAUAUAAUUCAACUACGAGUGCCAAAGAUGGAAAAAUGUAGGGAAAACUUGCCAGUUCGAUACAGAGACACACUUGUUACCACGGCGAAGGACAGAUAUGUGAGCAAUUUUAAGGAUGUGAACAAUGUUGACCCUCACGAGCAAGCCGAACACAAAUGGAAUAAAGAUGUCGACAAGCUUCCACCACUACGCGAAAUGGACAUCAUGCUGUAUUUAGUGUUUGGUGUAUGUUACUACACUCAUCAGCAAUUCCGAAACUACAAAGCUACGAACAGUUUUGCUGCGGAUGGGUGCAGGAUCUUCACAUUACGACCAUAGCAAACGGCAACACCAUCUUUCUAGCAAAGAUUUCAGUCCUGAAUGCCAGGAGUCUGCUCGCAUGGAAGAAGAGGAGGAGGAAGAGUCGCCACGCUUCAAGAAGGUGGAGGAAGAAUUCGUCCACAUUAAAGAGGAGCAGGAAGAGUAUUUCAUUAGAGUUGAGAACCCCCACAUUGAGAAGCAACAGCAACCUCAUCCCUUCAAAAAUGAGGAAGAGAACCCUCCGUAUGUUAAAGAGGAGGUGGUGGACAUGCUCAGCUGGACUGGUGAGCUAUUGAAGUGUGAAGAUGGAUAUCCAAGCGAGGGCAGCAAAGGGGCAGAGCCGCCAAGUGGCAGUAGCAGUUCAACAGAUGGAUCCCUAGCAGACAACCUCAUCGCUAAACCAUCAGAUAGAGUCGACGCCACAUCACACUUGCUGUUCUGUUUCAGAAAAUAUCUUGGCACUGAGCGGCAGGAGCCAGAAUCUUCUGGCGUCAAAGAGGAUGUUGAGCUCUCCCAAAUCAAACAGGAGGCCCCUUCACAGCGAGAGAGAGAAGAACUACUUCCUUUCAUAAAAGAGGAGGAAGAGCUGCCAUCCCUUAAAGGGGAGGAAGAUAUCACUCGGUCGACUGGUGAGCCCGUCAGCAGACGGGGGGUGCCUCCAAGCGGCAGCAGCAGCAGCUCAACAGAAGGAUUGCGAGCGGACGGUUUAAUCGCUCCACUAUCAGAUAGCGAAGAUGCCAUGUCACACUCGCCUGACAGUGAUGAUGAUGAUGAUGAUGAUGAAGGUCAUAAGAAAGCUCACAGAGAUAACAAACUCUGCAAAUGCUCCUUUGCUAACAACUAUACUUGUCGUAGGCAUAUGGGGACCCAGACUGGUGAGAAACAUUUGUCCUGUUCAUUUUGUGGUCAAACGUUCACUCUAAGGGAUCACUUAAAAACACACGCAAGAACCCACACUGGAGAAAAACCUUUUUCCUGCUUAGUAUGUAGCCAAAUGUUUGCACGGAAAGAUGACCUGACACGUCACACAAGGACCCACACUGGAGACAAACCGUUUUCCUGCUCAGUUUGCUGUCAGGCGUUCACUCUAAGGCAUCAUUUAAAAACACACGCAAGAACCCACACUGGAGAAAAACCUUUUUCCUGCUCAGUUUGUGGCCAAAAAUUUGCACGUAGAGACGACUUGACACGUCACACAAGAACCCACACUGGAGACAAACCGUUUUCCUGCUCAGUUUGUGGUCAAAGAUUCGCUCAGAAGGAACACUUAACACAACACACGAGAACCCACAGUGGAGAAAAACCUUUUGCCUGCUCAGUUUGUUGCCAAAGAUUCCCACAGAAGGCAUGCUUAAAUCGUCACACAAGAACCCACACUGGAGAAAAACCUUUUCCCUGCACAGUUUGUGGCCGAAGAUUCUCUAUAAAGGCCAACUUGAAAAUGCACAGCAUCACCCACACUGGGGAAAAACCUUUUUACUGCUCAGUUUGUGACCGAGGGUUCACUCGGAAGGAUCGGUUUGAGAGACACGUGUGUGUUGGUGUGAGAACCAGUAACCAAUAACUGUUUUGACUGUCAUCCAUGCUGGCUUCAUUAGACUGCAUGCAGGAUGAUUGUACUCUGUAGACCUUCCUCAAAUCCUGUUGAGGAUAAGCACUUUUGAUGCCUUACAUCUCCUUUGUCCAAACCUUGUAUUGAUACGCAACCACACUAUUCUCAAAAGUUUUGGCUCACCUGAUUAACUCUCAGGUUAAUUGGCAUGAUUUAUAUAAUACAUUAUAAUUUAUAUUUGAAACAGUAGACUCCAAAGUACAAAAAUACAAAAUAAUUCAUGAAUAAUUAAUUAGAUAAAUAUGGAAAAUUACAAUGUUCAAUAUUGCAAAAAAAUAUUAAUAAAAUAAUUGGCUCACAAAUUGUUUUUUUCGGGGGAGGAUUAUGUAUUAUUUAAAAAAUUAAUACUAUUACUACUUCUGUGCAGUGCGCAUCUUUAAUAACUCGUGAUUGACUGACAUAUUCAAGCAAAGUGAAUAUGAAAAUGAAAUAGUAAAUCAUAGUAAAGAUGAAAUGGUAUAUAUGGCCAAAGAAAUGACCUCAACUGGUGCGCAACCCUUAGAGUCUUUCACACCUUUCAGAAAAGGGCAAAAAAAUACGGGCCACUAAAAAAGUAUACAAAAAAUAUAUUACUAAUUGAAAGACGAAUUUUCUGACAUCUGCCAAAUUCUUGAAUUUGACCCUAGCACAAUAGAUGUUACACCAGUUUCUAAUAUUGGGAAGAAAAUGUUGCACUGGCACUCUCUUGAGAGCUCCAUAUGCAGUUCUCUUCCACGUCUGCAUUUGGCCACUAUGAAAGUUUUGUAAAUGCAAAAAGCACUGUUGUCUUUUUUUUUUCUUGACAAUUUUUUUGGGAGAGGACUGCAUCAAUAUUGAGAUUCAAAAGGAAAGACAUAUUCAUCGCAGCAGAAAUACUCAUCUUUAAAAAUAUGUAUCACUGUUCUGACAUGUAAUAGUGGAGAAAAAGGUUAAUAAAACCAAGUACAGGGUUCCCGCGGGUCUUUAAAAAGUCUUAAAUUUAAUAGAAAAUUUUAUUAGGUAUUAAAUUUCCAGAUGAUGCGUUUAAUGCCAGUGAAAUCACGGUAGUAUAUCGUACAACUCUGAAUGGUGUGUAUUUGAUUUAUUAAUGGUUGUGCACUAAAUACCAGAGUUUAGGAAUAAUAUGUGAAACAGUACGUUGUCCGUAACCUCAGCGUACGUCAGCGACUUGAGUUGUCGCCCAAUGCUAUUGUUAUCCGCGGUUGUAGAGGUGAAGUUUAAAUUUAUGGAUGGAAGAUGGUUUAUUUAAGAGGUGGUUAGCCCCUGGUGAAAAUAACAACAGUGCCGGGUACAAAGUCUUGAAAAAAAAGACUUUUUCAUUAGGGGCAGUGGGGGUCAAACCCUUUGAGUCGCACGAGAGGAGAAAAACACCUGCGAUCUGUAGCAACAGUUCUGUGUUUACUGUGAAAUAAAAUUAUUAUUUUUUUCUUCACCAGAAAUUGUUGCAACAUGUUUUGGUCUUAAAUGAUAUUUUUUAAGGUCUUAAAAAUGUCACUUUAAAAUGGUGCAAGAACCCUGCAAGAAGUGGCCGCCCAACAAGGAGCAGACAUUUUCCAUUACUAUUACAAGUACUAGUACAAAGAAUUGGAGGCACCGAGGCUUUCUGAAACAAUGAACCACUUUUGACACGGUUACGCUAAAUAGAUUCACUGCUUUAAGGCAUUUGACACACUGCAAUAGAGCUCCAUCUGCUGGAUAAACCUGUUGUAAAAGCUUCAUUCAUGAGCCUCAGGCCCUCAGCAUUACCUACAGUGGGUAGAACAAGUAUUUGAUACACUGCCAAUGGGAAAACCCAUUGGCAGUAUAUAAAAUACUUGUUCUCCCCACUGUAUAUAUGAAAUACAAAUGUCACUGGAUGCCGUCCAUCGUCUUGAACCAUUGGAUUGUGUCGUUCUUUUUAAGUCUGAUUUGCACAAUUAAAGUUGACCUUGUAAGUCUGUGUCACUGUUUUUGUCAAUAUGUGUUCAGUAUUUUUAAUAUCUGACAAUGCUACGGUCUUGUAAGUAGCUCGUCCUAGAUGUAAUCCACUAUGUAUUUUUCAUAAGUAUUACAGCACAGUCCUUGUGAACAAGUAAA